AUGGACGACAAGAAGAAUGAAGAUUAUGCCAUCAAGAUGUCCGACUACAAUGGGCGGUCAUCACCCAACUCUCAACGGGAGCCAUUCCUUUCCUCGAAGUCUGGACACAAACCCGGCGGAGCACCGCUACCCAUCUCGAGCAUCACGAAUAGCCCUCCGAUCUCCAUUGUAGCAUACUGUUUGGCCUCGAUAUCUAUGACCGUUACGAACAAAUACUGUGUAUCGGGGACAAACUGGAAUUUGAACUUCUUCUAUCUCGCGAUUCAGUCUAUUGUCUGUAUUCUUGCAAUUGUCGUUUGCAAACAGGUGGGCAUGAUCACGAAUUUGGCACCUUUUGACACCAAGAAGGCAAAGACAUGGUUCCCAAUUUCCCUUCUCCUGGUUGGCAUGAUCUAUACUAGCACCAAAGCCCUUCAAUUCCUUUCCGUUCCGGUAUACACGAUCUUCAAGAACCUAACGAUCAUUGUCAUCGCCUAUGGAGAAGUCCUGUGGUUUGGCGGCAGUGUCUCCGUCUCAUCUCUCUUCGCCUUCGGGCUUAUGGUUCUCAGCUCCGUGGUCGCAGCUUGGGCGGAUAUUCAACAUGCGUUAUAUGGAGGUGCCACAGGCGGAUCUGCGGAGGCUGCUGCAACCCUGUCUACAUUGAAUGCAGGCUAUGCCUGGAUGGGUAUGAAUGUAUUCUGUUCCGCAGCAUAUGUCCUUUCCAUGCGUAAGGUCAUUAAGAAAAUGAACUUCAAGGAUUGGGAUACAAUGUUUUAUAACAACCUCCUCACCAUCCCCGUCCUCAUCCUCUGUUCUCUGCUUUUCGAGAACUGGUCAUCGGAAAACGUCCUCAAGAACUUCCCGGUCGAGUCUAGGAACAAGUUGAUCACAGGCAUGAUCUACUCUGGGCUUGCGACGAUUUUUAUCUCAUACUGCUCGGCCUGGUGCAUCCGUGUUACAUCUUCUACAACAUACUCUAUGGUUGGAGCUCUAAAUAAGCUCCCACUUGCCGUCAGCGGUCUUGUCUUCUUCGCGGCGCCCGUCACUUUUGGAAGUGUCUCCGCUAUCAUCAUUGGAUUUAUUAGUGGUCUUGUUUACACAUGGGCGAAGAUCAGGCAGACCCAGCUGAACAAGAUGUCGCUGCCCACAUCCCAACCAGUCAUGAGCGCCAGCUCGCAGAGUAACCGAGAUGCUGCAAGCUCAUAA